AUGAGUGAGCCACAGACAUUCACCGAUAGGAUUAAACAAUCUUCGCAUCCGUUGGCACUUCUGUUCUUCCUUGGUUUCAGAAUUGGUGCACCGGUGGCGUAUGCUCUUGGAAUGUUCUUCACGAAAAGCUUCAUUCUUGAAUUCAUAACUGUCAUCUUACUGUUGGCUGCUGAUUUCUGGAACGUCAAGAACAUCAGCGGACGACUUCUCGUUGGACUGCGUUGGUGGAACGAGACUGACGACAACGGUGAAAGCAUAUGGGUCUUCGAAACUGCCAACCCUGACAGACAGAUCAACCCUGUUGACUCAAACAUAUUCUGGUUCUGGCUAUACCUCACGCCUUUCGUCUGGGGCGUUAUGGGCAUCUUGGCUUUCCUCAAACUCGAAUUCCUGUCGUUGAUACUGGUGAUUAUUGGGCUCACGCUGACCAUCAUCAACACCAUGGCGUUCACAAGAUGUGACAAGUUCGGAAAGGCCAACGAUCUGGCCUCCAGUGUCUUUGGAACCGUGUCAGGCUCCAUGUUUGGAAGACUAGUGCCAUCCUUCUUCAGAGGAAACCAGUAAAAAAACCACUCGAGUAUACAUAAGUAUGCUUAUACACACUCAAUUGAUCUAUAUAAACAACAAAUAACUGAAGUACUUACCCUCGAGUGUAUAGAAAAGUUGCCUAGUUGGUUAAUCCUG